UGUUAACUUUGACUGGCGGUGAUUUCACUCGUUUAUUUUGAAACAUCAACAAAAAUAAAUGAGUGGUAGUGACUACAGACUAUGAGUUUUGACAUCAUGACGAUUCGUUUGCCUAUUAGAUGAAUUUGUAAAUUUGUGUGAGGCAUGCCAUUACUCCGUAGUACCUUGGUGAUGUUAUUGCAAUUAGACCUUAAACUUCACUUUUCAUAACAAGGAUGUGUUAUACUUCGACGAAUUGACAGAAAUAAAAUUUGAUUUGUUUGUGACAGUAAUAUUGUCAUUAAAUGCCAGUACCACGAAGUAGAAGUUUUAAAUUUUACUCGUCGCAAAAAGCGGAAGACUCUGCCAUGGAGCUCGAAAAAUUUCGACAUUCUGUUAUUCACAAAGCGGCAGAGCUCAGUAAGGAUAUCGACACCAUCACAAUUGGCCCUAACUCGUACAGGAAUGGUGUCGGAAUUGAACAUGAAACGGACACUUCAGAAAUAGAAGAUUCGCCUAAGGACAAGAGCCCUGAAAAACAUAAGCAAACUACCAUGAACAGUUCAAGUUUUAACACUGAUGUGGAUGAUCUGACAACACGUACCUUGAAAAUAAACAACUACCUUUUGGAGCAACAAAGAUGGAAAGCCGUUCUGGAUGCAGUAAAGCCACGCCUUCAGAAAAUGAAUACUUUAGCAAGUUUGAGUCAAAAGGAAAUGGAGUUGCGGCGAGAAUGUAUAGAGAAGGAGGUGCAGGCGAGGGCAUUAUUAGGAGAGCAUCAAAUAUGGCACCAGGUACAGCAAGAAGAACUUCAAGCAACAAAGAGGAAAGAACAACGCUUAGAUGAGCACCGCCAGCAUAUUGUGAGGAUUCAAGAAAGGAACCUGUUAAUAAAGAAGGCUGAACAAGAGGAAGCUGCAGCAAAAGAAGAACAGAAACGAAAGUUGAAAGAGAAACAGGAAUGCUUGAACAAAAUGUAUUCACAUCAAGUUGGGUUCAGAGAUACGUACCAGCAAAUGAUUGAUGUAUUCAAACAGUCCAAAGACAGGCAAGCAGCAAAUAUUGCAUUUACUGCACAUUUGCCAAAGAUCAAGAGUCUGAGUGAUGCCUUAAGCCAGCUGAUUAAACAGUGUAUGGUUGGGGAAGUAAGCAGCUUGGAUUUGCAGACUGCAGCAGCCAUAACACAACAGAUUAACUCAAUCCUGAGUCAGUACAAGAGUGACGUAGCAAAGAUCAAUGACCAGUGUGACAAGAACGCUGCAGAAUUAGAAGCUAAGGAGAAGUUGGAACAGCAGCAGCAGUUUCAGCAGCAGCAGCAGCAGCAGCAACAACAACAACAACAACAACAACAACAACUGCAGCAGCAGCAGCUACAACAGCAGCAUGAGCAGCUACAGCAACAGCAAAGUCAGAGACAGCAACAACAGUUGCAGCCGCUGCAACAGUUGCAGCCGCUGCAGCAGCAGCAGCAGCAGCAGCAAGCACAAGAUACUCCAUUAGAUGUGACUGCAGGGAUCACUGAAUAUGGAGACAAAGAAUCAAUAAAUAUGCACCAGACAUUGAUGCAGCAUCUUCAGGAGCUUAAGACAUCAUAUUCUGUUCUAUUGAAUGAUGAAAAGCUGAAGAAAUUCAAAUUUGAUUGUCAGAAAGCUGUGAACGUUCCUGUAAAUGCUAUUUCACCAAUCAGUGCAGCACAUAUGGAAGACAAGCUGAGGAAAUUGAGUGCUCUCUUAAGUGGACAGGUAGUAGAAGCUGGGAGCAAUCACAUAUCAGCCUCCAUGCAUCCACAGGGGAUAGCGUACUGUAAGGAUCUCCUUGCAAGGAAAUUUGUGUUCCAGGGAGAGCUGACAGUGUCCAGCAAGCCAGAGGCCGCUUUUCCUAUCGCAGCUGUGAUUGUUGCUUUAUGGGUGGACUUUCCAGAUGUUGGACAAUUGUUGUUAGGUCACUUUUAUUCUGAGUGCCCAUAUCUCGUUCCUAUAUAUCCACCUCAAUUAGAAGGACAAUCAAAUGAAGAUUAUUACAAAUCAUUAGGUUAUCACUACAGUGAAAAUGGUGAAGUGGAGAAGCAAGACAAAUUUUUGAAACGGAUGUCAGGAAUAAUGCGGUUGUACACAGCCAUCAUGAUUACCCCAUUGAGGCAGCGACAGAAGGGGAAGUUACAUCCACAUGGUCUGACAAAAGCUUGGAGAUGGAUUGCAUGCCUGCUCAAUAUGGAUCCAAGGCCAGAUAUAAGUGCAACACUGUUGUAUGAUUUUCUUGAGGUCGCAGGCAAUGCAAUGUACUCGUACUAUGGGAAGCAGUUCCAGAAAUUACUGCAUGUCAUAUGCAAGGAGUAUUUCCCAAAAAUUGAAAAGUUGUCAAGUUCUGGAGGACCUGUAGCCCGUUUGGAGUCAUUCUUGCAGAAAAUCCUCAAAGAAAACCGCAUUCCACCUCCUGUGGGCCAGCUGCCACAAAACUUUUGGUAGAUUUAUAUCCAGAAGACAAUUAUACUUAUUUUUUUCAUGAGUGUUUUCAAUUUUUGCGAUGUCAUAAUUAUAAAUUUCAUAGUUUGGUCAUGAUGAGACUGAUGAUUGAGUGAAAGCAUGUUGAGCAAGAUCAUUUUUACUGUGUACUCUACUGGCACAUUUCUUUUAUAAUUCUGAAUUGUACUUAAACCUGUGCUACAGACUGGCAAUUGGAACGAAUGUAAACACAAUCAGUAGUAUUACUUUGAACUUGUUUAAUCAGUGAUGGUAUGAUCUGAUGUAUUAUGUAAAUGAACGUUUUCUUUCUUGUAUGUUGAACAUUUACAUAUAUUUUCCCGGAGUAUUUGAUGAACACAUGUGAUUUUGUACUGUUGAUAAACAUUUAACUUGAAAGGUAUGUGCUAUUUUGAUGUUUCAUUCUGUGUCUCAGUGUGACUUUCUUUUUAAUUGUUAGUUGACUUUUGCCAUUUAUUUUGUAUGAUUGUACAAUAUGUAAUGAAAUUAAUGUACUUUCAGAGUGUGGAUUGUGUAUGUGAGAUGCAAGGGAUUUUUUUACUAUUUAAUGUCAGAAAUUAACUGUUGUAUCACUUCACAAAUGUUGUUUAUUGCAUUUAAUUUAAGCCACAAGCCUUCUAUCAUCAAGUAAUAUACUUAUGCUGAAUCAAACAAAAUCUGAUUUGCACUUUGAACUUGCCUAGUAAUCCUAGUAAUUUUCUGGAGGCUGCACGGAAAUAUUGGAUUCCACACUCCUGUCAUUCUGCUGUAUGAAGCAGGAGCUUAUUAAUUUUAACAGUGUAAUCAUCCAGUGUUAAGCCAUGUGGGAUUUCAGAAUUUUCUUUUAUUAGUAUUUCUCUAUGUAGGUAUUAUUUUAUUGAGAAAUUAAUUUAAUUAUUUAUGGUAAUAUAACACUAUUCAAAGUGUAUUUAGUUUUGAAAAAAUUAACAUUGAACACAAAGGUCUGGUUUUACAGUCCCAAAUUAAUUCCACAUCAUCUACAUCUGGAGAUACUGAAAAACCACAUUUUUUUUCAUGUUUAUGAUGUGGUUGCCUUUUUUGCUGUGAUUGUGUUCUCUUCUUCUGCCACAGAAUUCCUGAAAAAUCAGAAUUUAGAGCUUGUGCUAGAGCAUCAGUUCUAUUUCCUGCCAGGAAAACUUUCAAUUGAAUUAUUUAUUGUAUUUGGCUUUCGAAACUGUGCUGUAGAAGAUGGCUUUAUCUGAUAGGUGAGCACUUAAAAAUGGGUCCUUUCAUUGAAAGAAAUGAACUGCAAUCACAAAAAUGCAAAGAAAUAAAAGGCAGUCAAAAUUUUACAGUUUUUGACUGUGUGCUGCUUCGUUGGGUUUCUUCUGCAGCUUGCCAUGCAGAAGUUAUGUGCGUUGAGGUACGUCCAAUUAAACAUACUAAGUCAUAUAGCUCAACUUCGGAGUGACAACAUUGACGUGUUUUUAAAUUAUUAAUUAAAAUUCUCACUUGAAUAUUAAUUAUCAGCUCUUGAUAGGCAGAACUUUCCUAUUUGGGAUUUAACACAUACUGUAGCAUGCUAUUAUAUCCUCACAUUUUUGAUUAUGUUAUCAAAUAUGUACAAAUGUUGUUGUAACGCAUAUUUGAGUUAAUUGUGGUUUGUGAGCUAUAACUUUGUAGUGCAAUGUGUACAGUACUACAGCAUUAAUGAUGAAGUCUGCUGUAGAAACUAAUAAAGAGUCAAUUGCACACUGAUUACAUUGUUCCUGAGACUAUUCUCUGUGGUGAAAGGUUGAAUGGUAACUAAAAGCAAUACAGUUCUGUUGAUUCAUAUUUAAAGUUCUCAUACAAGAAAGAAUUGGGUUGCUCUUAAGUUUUGUGUAUAACGAGAUAGCCAACAAUGUACACAAGACAGAAAUUUAUUGUACAUCUUUAUAUUAUUACCAGUUUAUAUUAUCAUCAGUGUCAAUUAAAUAAAUAAAAAAAUACUGCUGUGAAAUGAAGAGUACUUAGUGUAGAAUAUUUUAUUUACUUAAGCAUUGAAAUUUCACCUUUUAUCUAGAGUACACACAGCAAUUUGUUGUAUUUCACCUUAGAUACUUCUGAGGUUUGUUAUGAUGUUAUUUCAGUUGAUGAAAUGGCCUAAGAAAUGUUCACUAUAUUUGUGUAACUGUUUGUACAGCCUGUGUGCAUUGUAAAUAAUGGUUUUAAAUGUAAAUAAUAUUGAGGUAGAUGAUUUGUACAGUUCUAAUAAAGCAUU